CUGCUGCGGGCUGCGGGCAGCCGCUGCGGGUCUGCAGGCCCCGGGGGGUGGGAACGUCUCAGCCACUGGCCAUGGCCGACCGCGGAUGCCCUCUGGAGGCGGCGCCGCUGCCCGCCGAGGUGCUCGAGAGCCUGGCGGAGCUGGAGCUGGAGCUGUCGGAAGGUGACAUCACUCAGAAAGGCUAUGAGAAGAAAAGGGCGAAGCUGCUGGCUCGUUACAUCCCCCUCAUUCAAGGAGUAGACCCAUGUCUGCAAACUGAGAAUAGAAUUCCUGGGCCCUUGAUGACUGCAGCCACAUCUAAACCACAGAAGUCUCGGGCUACCAACUCAAGGGAUGAGCGCUUCCGGUCAGAUGUCCACACAGAAGCCGUGCAAGCAGCUUUGGCCAAAUACAAAGAGAGGAAGAUGCCCAUGCCUUCAAAAAGACGGUCUGUCCUUGUGCAUUCCUCUGUGGAAACCUAUACUCCUCCAGACACGUCAUCUGCCUCAGAAGAUGAGGGCUCUUUACGGCGACCUGGGCGACUCACCUCCGCUCUGCUCCAGAGCCAUUCCAGCAUCGAGCCCUGGCUCGACAGGGUCAUUCAGGGCUCGUCCACUUCAUCCUCUGCAUCCUCCACCUCAUCCCACCCGGGAGGGAGACCUGCCGCUGCUCCUAGUACCACCACUGCGCUUGCGGGCCUCACGGCCCACGCCCACAUAGAUCUGCACUCUGCCCCACCUGACGUUACCACUGGACUUGCGGAGCAUUCCCACUACGAGCGUCCACAGGUGGCGUCUGUGAGAGGUAUUCCCCGAGGGCAUGGCAGGAACGUGCUGGAAACCGCAGAUGGCGUGCCCGUGAACAGCAGAGUCUCCUCCAAAAUCCAGCAGCUGCUGAACACCCUGAAGAGGCCCAAGCGCCCUCCCCUGAAGGAGUUCUUUGUGGAUGAUUUUGAGGAGUUAUUGGAAGUUCAGCAACCAGAUCCAAAUCAGCCCAAGCCUGAGGGAGAUCAGAUGGCUGUGCUGAAGGGAGAGCCCCUGUCGGUGGGCACUUCUGGGCCGUCGUCUCUGCUGGCUGCACUGCAGCUCUGGGGCACCACACAGCCCAAAGCCCCCUGUCUGACUGCCUUGGAUACAGCGGGGAAAGCCACCUGCACCCUCACCUACGGCAAACUAUGGAGUCGGAGUUUAAAAUUAGCUUAUACUCUACUUAAUAAGCUGACUAGUAAGAAUGAACCUCUACUUAAACCUGGAGACAGAGUGGCCCUUGUGUUUCCAAAUAGUGAUCCUGUAAUGUUCAUGGUUGCAUUUUAUGGGUGUCUCCUGGCGGAGCUGGUUCCUGUCCCUAUAGAAGUUCCACUGACCAGAAAGGACGCAGGCAGCCAGCAGGUUGGGUUUCUCCUGGGCAGCUGUGGGGUGACCCUGGCCCUGACCACAGACGCUUGCCAGAAGGGCCUGCCCAAGGCACCAACAGGAGAGGUGGCAACUUUCAAAGGUUGGCCCCCCCUCGCAUGGCUGGUAAUUGAUGGGAAGCAUCUGACCAAGCCUCCCAAGGACUGGUACCCGCUGGCCCAGGACACGGGGUCCGGGACUGCCUACAUUGAAUAUAAAACCAGCAAAGAAGGCAGCACGGUAGGGGUCACCGUAUCCCAUUCGUCCCUGCUGGCACAGUGCCGGGCUCUCACUCAGGCCUGCGGGUACAUGGAAGCUGAAACAUUAACGAAUGUGCUGGACUUCAAAAGGGAUGCUGGUUUGUGGCAUGGAGUCUUAACAAGUGUCAUGAAUAGGAUGCAUGUCGUCAGCAUCCCAUAUGCACUGAUGAAGGUCAACCCACUCUCCUGGAUUCAGAAAGUGUGCUCCUAUAAAGCCCGGGCUGCCCUGGUGAAGUCCCGAGAUAUGCACUGGUCUCUCUUGGCACAGCGAGGUCAGAGGGAUGUCUGUCUGAGCUCUCUGCGCAUGCUGAUUGUGGCUGAUGGCGCUAACCCAUGGUCCAUAUCUUCCUGUGAUGCCUUCCUCAACGUCUUCCAGUCCAGAGGUCUGAGACCAGAGGUCAUUUGUCCCUGUGCCAGUUCUCCCGAGGCGCUAACAGUAGCCAUCCGCAGGCCCCCAGAUCUGGGAGGACCUCCUCCAAGAAAAGCCGUCCUGUCAAUGAAUGGCCUGAGCUACGGUGUGAUCAGAGUGGACACUGAGGAGAAGCUGUCAGUCCUCACUGUACAGGAUGUCGGCCAGGUGAUGCCUGGAGAGGUCGGGUGCUAUGUCUCAUACCCAGUCACCCUCAACAUCAGUGUUCGCCUCUUCUGCCAGAGGCAGUUCUCAGCCUUCCACUCCAAUAGCCACAUCUACUUUGGCAGUGCUUUGGAAGUGUCCAUGAUCCAGACUGUGGUCCAAAUACUGUCCCAGUCACUGCGGAUGGAGUCCCCGUGUCUGACCGGCCUUUCACCAGGACGGGCCUUCUGGAUUUAUUGGGCCUGUGAGUAUGACCACCCGUACCCGUCCAUGGGCAGAGGUGUUGGUGGAGAAAAGGAACACUUCAUUGCAGAUGUGCUCUUGUCCCUGGACAACCUGGUCUUCGUCGUGGGCAAGCUGGACGGGCUGAUGGUUGUAGGAGUACGCAGACAUAAUGCAGAUGACAUUGUAGCUACUGCCCUGGCUGUGGAGCCCAUGAAGUUUGUCUACAGAGGCAGGAUCGCUGUGUUCUCCGUGACUGUGCUGCACGAUGACCGGAUUGUCUUGGUGGCUGAACAGCGGCCUGAUGCUUCCGAGGAAGACAGCUUCCAGUGGAUGAGCCGUGUGCUACAGGCCAUCGAUAGCAUCCACCAGGUGGGUGUGUACUGUUUGGCCCUGGUACCUGCCAACACCUUGCCCAAGGCUCCUCUUGGAGGAAUUCACAUUUCCGAAACCAAGCAGCGCUUUCUGGAAGGGAUGCUACACCCCUGUAACGUGUUGAUGUGCCCUCACACCUGUGUUACCAACCUUCCCAAGCCUCGCCAGAAGCAGCCAGAAGUUGGACCAGCCUCAAUGAUUGUUGGGAAUCUAGUUGCUGGAAAAAGGAUUGCGCAGGCCUCUGGGAGAGAGCUGGCCCACCUGGAGGACAGUGACCAGGCCCGGAAGUUCCUGUUCCUGGCGGAUGUGCUGCAGUGGCGAGCUCAUACCACUCCCGACCACCCACUCUUCUUGUUGCUGAAUGCCAAGGGCACAGUCACCAGCACUGCCACCUGUAUCCAGCUGCACAAAAGGGCUGAGAGAGUGGCCGCGGCUCUGAUGGAGAAGGGGCGCCUGGAUGCUGGGGACCACGUGGCUUUAGUCUAUCCCCCAGGGGUUGAUCUUAUCGCUGCAUUCUAUGGCUGCCUGUACUGUGGCUGUGUGCCUGUCACUGUGCGACCCCCACACCCCCAGAACCUUGGCACCACGUUGCCCACUGUGAAGAUGAUUGUAGAGGUCAGCAAAUCUGCGUGUGUCCUUAGCACGCAGGCCAUUACACGGCUGCUCAGGUCCAAAGAAGCGGCUGCCGCUGUAGAUGUCAGGACCUGGCCCACCAUCCUAGAUACAGACGACAUUCCAAAAAAGAAGGUCGCUAGCAUUUUCAGACCACCCUCCCCAGAUGUGCUUGCGUACUUGGACUUCAGUGUGUCGACUACAGGGAUCUUAGCUGGAGUAAAGAUGUCACAUGCAGCCACAAGUGCCUUGUGCCGCUCCAUAAAGCUUCAGUGUGAGCUGUACCCCUCACGGCAGAUUGCCAUCUGCCUGGACCCUUACUGUGGCCUUGGCUUUGCACUGUGGUGUCUGUGCAGCGUCUAUUCUGGACACCAGUCAGUGCUCGUCCCCCCACUGGAGCUGGAGAGCAACGUGUCCCUCUGGCUAUCUGCUGUCAGCCAGUACAAGGCCCGUGUUACCUUCUGUUCCUACUCAGUGAUGGAGAUGUGCACCAAGGGUCUAGGUGCACAGACCGGUGCCCUUAGGAUGAAGGGGGUGAACCUGUCCUGUGUGCGCACGUGCAUGGUCGUGGCUGAGGAGCGGCCCCGGAUCUCAUUGACACAGUCCUUUUCCAAGCUGUUCAAAGACCUGGGCCUCCCUGCACGCGCUGUGAGCACCACCUUUGGGUGCAGGGUCAAUGUGGCCAUCUGUCUCCAGGGCACAACAGGCCCAGAUCCCACGACUGUCUAUGUGGACAUGCGGGCACUGCGUCAUGACAGAGUUCGUUUGGUGGAACGGGGUUCUCCGCAUAGCCUGCCGUUGAUGGAGUCUGGAAAGAUCCUCCCAGGAGUGAAAGUCAUCAUUGCACAUACUGAGACCAAAGGGCCCCUCGGAGACUCACAUCUAGGUGAGAUCUGGGUGAGCAGUCCCCACAAUGCCACUGGGUAUUACACGGUCUAUGGGGAGGAGACACUUCAUGCUGACCACUUCAGUGCCCGGCUGAGCUUUGGAGAUACCCAGACGAUUUGGGCAAGGACUGGCUACCUUGGCUUUCUUCGCAGGACAGAGCUGACUGAUGCCAGUGGAGAGCGACAUGAUGCGCUGUAUGUUGUUGGGUCUCUGGAUGAAACUCUAGAACUGAGAGGCAUGCGGUACCACCCCAUCGACAUAGAAACCUCUGUGAUCCGUGCACACAGGAGCAUUGCAGAAUGUGCUGUGUUUACCUGGACCAAUCUGCUGGUGGUAGUGGUGGAGCUGGACGGUCUGGAGCAGGAUGCCCUGGACCUAGUAGCACUGGUGACCAAUGUCGUGCUGGAGGAACACUACCUUGUGGUGGGUGUGGUGGUCAUCGUAGAUCCUGGAGUGAUCCCCAUCAACUCUCGGGGUGAGAAGCAACGCAUGCACCUGCGUGAUGGCUUCCUGGCUGACCAGCUGGACCCCAUCUAUGUGGCCUACAAUAUGUGAGUGUGGCUGGACAGAGCUGGGAGUAUGACCCAGCAGAGGUGUAAGGCCAAGAUGCGCUGCACUGUUGAUGCCCUGGGAGAAGGGAUUUCAGGCUUCAUCAGUUCACUCCUGCGUGUGCUUUUCAGAUCCUCUCAACAGCGUCCUGACUGUCAUGUUAGAACAUAUCUGAGUCAACUAAAGAAAUGUUCUGGGUCUGCCAAGUAUAUUUACCAAAACGUGGGUGACUGGGAAGGGAAGGAAAGGCCUGGUGUUAUGCUGUGGACAUUGCCAAAACCAUGGCUGUUCUCUGCUAUACUGCGAGCUUGCACUUUCUUACUCUAAAAAUAUUCCUGAUUUCUAAAUAUAUAAUUUCCUGAUUAUUUAUUCCCAUUUGUAAUAACAAGCAUAUAUGUAAAGUCUAUGCUGGAGAGAACUUUUGAGCCAAGCCUGCCUAGGAAGGCUGACAAAAGGAGCAGCCCCGCUCUCCGCAGCCCCAGACGCCACUGAGCCGCACAGCUUCCUUUGCCAGUUUGAUUAUUGGAGCAGAUGUGCCUGGCUGUCUGCGUGUGUUGUCGCUAAUGCUCAGUAAGUGCCAUUUGGACUGUUUAGUUAGAUCUACUUCAGAAACAUAAGCCAGCCUUUAAUUUAAAAUCACUUUCCUAGCCUAAACUAAGUGACAUUUACAUUGCAAGUUCUCAUGACAUCACAAUAUUAAUUCUUCUCAUGAAUUAUACUGAAUUAUUUUUAUGAACAGAUCUGGAAGCAUGAGUGGCAACCUAAGGUCGUACCCAUGUGCUAGCUGGGUCUCUUACACACUUGAGUUGCCAUGGGAACCUGGCUGUCUGGGAUGGACAUCGCUGUAGCCUCUUGGCUUUGCAUUUGAGUUAUGUGCCUAUAAAAAUUUGGCCAAACCAUUUUUAGUUAUUUUAUUCAAACUUGAAAUCCAAGUGAUCUAAUAUUGUACUUAAGUCAGAGAAGAGAAUGUAAAAUCCUUUAGAUACAUCUAAGAAUUUGAAGUCCAGCAUGAAUCUAAGAUUAUUUUUAUAUGACUAAUCAAAGAUUAAUGUUAUCAAGUUGUUGGGGUUUAGGGACUUUCAAGGGUAGAGAAGUUUAUGAAUCAUACCUGCUUCACUGAAACAGCUAGGUUUUUCUAGAGUUAGCCUGGAUUUGUGCUUCAAUGAGUCCAGCUAACUGGUCCUCCUCUCGCAUCUCACUCUUGGAAAGCACUGUGUGCAAUAGUCCUUUGUCCUCAUGGUAUCAGACUGUGGUGUAGUAUGUGCAAACAUACUGGAAUUUUAAUAAUCCUCUUAUAAUUGUGUACAGAAUCCAUGUAACUUAUUACUUGGCAUCAGAGGUUUAGCAACAGACUGAAGAAGGUUCACAGUAAAUGACUGAGCAGCGAACAGACUACCUAUCCACAGUCUCAAUGUUGUAGUUUUAUAGUAAACAGCGCUUGUAAACUUUUUGUAUUAAAAACUCAGUGGCAGUAAGAACGUAUCUGGUAAGUUAAGAUUUUAAGAAUUGUAUUAAAAUGUUUUAAAGUUACUCUCUGGGAAUUCUGUAUAUCACACUAAUUUUUUAUAUCAUGUUAAUAAAAGCUAUUGACUUUGUAAA